UUGAAACUGAAAAUACUACUUUAUGCUAAUCGCGGCGGGGCCCGCGAGCUGUGGGCGUGGGACCCUCGGGUAUAAAGGGGCGCGCGAGGUCUGGGCGUUCCACAGCCAAGUGCUCUGCGCUCGGUGGGUGCCAACCAGGCCAAAGCCACCCGAGCGAGCGAGGACAGGCAUCGAGGGGGCGCGGCCGCCGGUCGUACCAGAGAGCGAGCGAGACUCAGGAGCCGUCCACGGCCCGACAGCCAGCGAAUUGGCAAUGGAGCGCCUUGUCUCCCGCCGCGCCUAUCCCCAGAUAGCGCGCAGCAGCGCCUGCCGUAGCCUCUUCGGGCCGGUGGACCACGAGGAGCUGAGCCGCGAGCUGCAGAUGCGCCUCGCGGAGCUGAAUGCCGAGGACCAGCGCCGCUGGGACUACAACUUCCAGCAGGACGUGCCUCUGCGGGGCCCCGGGCGCCUGCAGUGGACGGAGGUGGACAGCGAGUCCGUGCCCGCCUUCUACCGCGAGACGGUGCAGGUGGGGCGCUGCCGCCUGUUCCUGCCGCCCCGUCCCCGCCCGGAAGGCGCGGGUGCUAACCCGCCCCCCGCGCCGCCGGCUGACGAGCCCCUCGACGGCCUGGAGGAGGCGCCGGCGUCGCCCGGCAGCGGCGCGGCCGUGGCUCCGGCCCCGGCCCCCGCCGCGGCGCCGCCAGAGAGCGCUGAGCAGGAGGCGGGACCGCCGCCGCGCAACCAGGAGCCCCUGGCUGAGCCGCUGCACUCAGGGAUCUCGGGGCGCCCCGCGGCGGGCACUGCGGCCACCGCCGCCGCUGCAGCCACCCCAGCGGCCGCUGCCACCACUGCGGCCCCCGCCGCCGCCGCCGGAGGCGCCGGAGGUGCUGGGAUCAAGAAGCUGCCGGGGCCUCUGAUCUCUGCGCGCGCUGUCGCCGCAGAUUUCUUUGCCAAGCGCAAGAGAUCUGCUCCGGAGGCCAAGCCCAACGAGGUGCCCGCGGGAUGCAACGCUCCUGGCGGCGCCCCCGCCGUGGGCUCCCCGGAGCAAACCCCGCGCAAGCGUCUGCGAUGAGCCUCAAACCCAAAGAGCCCCGAGGGGACCCGCUGGGCAGCGGACAGGAGAAGAGCGCUGGGCCUCGUCGGCUGGGACCGUCCAUGUAGCAGCAACCGGCGGCAGCUGUCAUCGGCAGCGUUCGGUUUUGUGUUUAAAGUUUGAAAACUGUGCAAUGUAUUAAUAACUCUUUUAUAUCUAAAUGUAUUCUGCACGGAGAGUACACUGGUCCCAAGGUGUAAAGCUUUAAGAGUCAUUUAUAUAAAAUGUUUAAUCUCUGCUGAAACUCAGUGCAAAAAAAAAAUGAAAAAAAGAAAAAAAAAGGAUAAAAGCAUGUAUAUUUGUACAAAAAGUUUAAAAAAAAAAAGUAUACUAACUUAUAUUUUCUAUUUAUGUCGAGGCGUGGGCCGCUCUGCCACGCGAUAGCUCGGUUAUUGGUUCUGCCAAAGGCGUUUCUCGCCCGCACCUGGUUACCCACAAAAUGUAAAUUUAUUUUUGUAGCGGACUCUGGGGGGGUCGCUCACAAGCCGUAGCUGCCUGCCUGCCGCACUAGCCCACCUAGCUUUUGCAGUCUCUUCGCGCUUUCGCUCUGUCUCUUAUUAUUAGGGUUACUUUCAACUUGAAGACGACUCUGUUAAAAAUGGUUCCCGAGCCGACUGCACCACUGCCCCGGCCCCUCGUCCGCCGGGUUUGAAAUAAAGAGGCCAACGAAUGCUG